CGCCCUGGAGAUGGCUGGGCAGGCGAUUUCCGGCAGCGCGACGCGUAGCGAUAGGUCCAGGCUUCCGGCGCCAGCGCUCUGGUCACAGGAAGUACCGUCGUCUCUCCCUCUCCUCAGCUGCUGUCGCAGAGCUUGGAGGGCUGCCCCGGAAGUCCUCCCCCUUCCCCCGCCCGCGGCAAACAUGGCGGUGGACUCGGCGAUGGAGCUGCUAUUUUUAGACACUUUCAAGCACCCGAGCGCCGAGCAAAGUUCUCAUAUAGAUGUGGUUCGUUUUCCAUGUGUGGUUUAUAUAAAUGAAGUUCGAGUCAUACCCCCGGGAGUAAGAGCCCAUAGCAACUUGCCUGACAAUAGAGCAUAUGGGGAGACCUCACCGCAUACAUUUCAGUUAGACUUGUUCUUUAACAAUGUCAGCAAGCCAAGUGCCCCGGUUUUCGAUAGGCUGGGAAGCCUGGAAUAUGAUGAGAAUACUUCCAUCAUCUUUAGACCCAACUCAAAGGUGAAUACUGAUGGUUUGGUGCUGAGAGGCUGGUACAACUGUCUGACGCUGGCAAUAUAUGGAUCAGUGGACAGAGUCAUAAGUCACGACAGAGAUUCCCCUCCACCUCCACCUCCUCCUCCACCGCCUCCCCAGCCACAGCCAAGUGUGAAAAGGAAUCCAAAGCAUGCUGAUGGGGAGAAAGAAGAUCAAUUUAAUGGAAGCCCUCCAAGACCACAGCCAAGGGGACCAAGAACUCCACCAGGACCCCCGCCCCCUGAUGAUGAUGAAGAUGAUCCCAUGCCGUUGCCAGUGUCUGGUGACAAGGAAGAGGAUGCUCCUCAUAGAGAAGAUUACUUUGAACCCAUUUCUCCUGAUCGGAAUUCUGUUCCCCAGGAAAGUCAAUAUUCUGAUGAAGGAGAGGUAGAAGAGGAACAGCAAGAAGAAGGAGAAGAUGAUGAAGAUGACGUGGAUGUAGAGGAAGAAGAGGAUGAGGAUGAAGAUGAUCGCCAUACAGUAGAUAGUAUCCCUGAGGAGGAAGAGGAGGAUGAAGAGGAAGAAGGUGAAGAAGAUGAAGAAGGUGAAGGGGAUGAUGGUUAUGAGCAGAUUUCCAGUGAUGAAGAUGGAAUUGCUGACUUGGAACGUGAAACAUUCAAGUAUCCAAACUUCGAUGUCGAAUACACUGCCGAAGACUUAGCUUCAGUCCCUCCUAUGACAUAUGACCCAUAUGAUAGGGAGCUGGUACCACUCUUACACUUCAGCUGUCCGUACAAGACUACCUUUGAAAUUGAAAUCAGUAGGAUGAAGGACCAAGGUCCAGAUAAAGAAAACUCAGGGGCAGUAGAAGCCUCAGUGAAGUUGACUGAACUGUUGGAUUUGUAUCAAGAAGAUAGAGGUGCAAAAUGGGUAACAGCUUUAGAAGAAAUUCCAAGUUUAAUAAUAAAAGGACUAAGUUAUUUGCAGUUGAAAAACACAAAACAAGACGCCCUUGGUCAGUUGAUAGACUGGACCAUGCAAGCUUUAAAUUUACAAGUAGCCCUUCGCCAACCCAUUGCCUUAAAUGUCCGACAGCUCAAAGCUGGGACCAAAUUAGUGUCCUCACUAGCAGAAUGUGGGACCCAAGGAGUCAUGGGACUCCUACAAGCAGGAGUGAUCAAUGGCUUAUUUGAGCUCUUGUUUGCUGAUCAUGUCUCAUCUUCCCUUAAAUUAAAUGCAUUUAAAGCUUUGGACAGUGUCAUUAGUAUGACAGAAGGAAUGGAAGCUUUUUUGAGAAGUAGGCAGAGUGAAAAAAGUGGCUAUCAAAAACUUCUGGAGCUCAUACUUUUAGAUCAGACUGUGAGGGUUGUCACUGCUGGUUCAGCUAUUCUUCAGAAAUGCCAUUUCUAUGAAAUUUUGUCAGAGAUUAAAAGACUUGGUGACCAUUUAGCAGAGAAGACUUCUUCUGUUCCUAACCACAGUGAACCUGAUCAUGAUACUGAUGCUGGAGACAUUGCACUAAUUUUGCCAAACUCUUCUGAAGGUUCUGUUUCUGAACUGGAGCAACUCUCCAAUUCUCUACCAAACAAAGAACUGAUGGCCUCAAUCUGUGACUGUCUCCUGGCUGUGGUAGCUAACUCUGAGAGCAGUUACAGCUGUUUACUGACAUGUGUCAGAACAAUGAUGUUUCUUGCAGAGCAUGAUUAUGGAUUAUUUCAUUUAAAAAGUUCUUUAAGGAAAAAUAGUAAUGCUCUGCAUAGUUUACUGAAACGAGUGGUCAGCACAUUUAGUAAAGACACAGGUGAACUUGCAUCUUCAUUUUUGGAAUUUAUGAGACAAAUUCUUAAUUCUGAUACAAUGGGAUGUUGUGGAGACGAUAGUGGUCUCAUGGAAGUAGAGGGAGCUCAUUCAGCACGGACGAUGAGUAUUAAUGCUGCAGAGUUAAAACAGCUUCUACAAAGCAAAGAAGAAAGUCCAGAAAAUUUGUUCCUUGAACUAGAGAAGCUUGUUUUGGAGCAUUCAAAAGAUGAUGACAGUCUGGAUUCUCUGUUGGACAGUGUGGUUGGACUUAAGCAGAUGCUAGAGUCAUCAGGUGAUCCUCUACCUCUUGGUGACCAGGAUGUGGAACCAGUACUUUCAGCUCCAGAAUCUCUCCAGAAUCUGUUUAACAACAGAACUGCGUAUGUGCUAGCUGAUGUCAUGGAUGAUCAGUUGAAAUCUAUGUGGUUCACUCCAUUUCAGGCUGAGGAGAUUGAUACAGAUCUGGAUUUGGUAAAGGUUGACUUAAUUGAGCUCUCUGAAAAAUGUUGUAGUGACUUUGACUUACACUCAGAAUUAGAGCGCUCGUUUCUGUCAGAGCCGUCAUCUCCUGGAAGAACCAAGACGACUAAAGGAUUCAAACUUGGGAAGCACAAGCACGAGACCUUUAUAACUUCAAGUGGAAAAUCUGAAUACAUUGAACCUGCCAAGCGAGCUCAUGUUGUGCCACCACCAAGAGGAAGGGGCAGGGGAGGCUUUGGACAGGGUAUACGACCCCAUGAUAUUUUUCGUCAGAGAAAACAGAACACAAGCAGACCACCAUCUAUGCAUGUGGAUGACUUUGUUGCAGCUGAAAGUAAAGAAGUGGUCCCUCAAGAUGGGAUACCACCACCAAAACGGCCACUCAAAGUGUCGCAGAAGAUCUCUUCGCGUGGUGGAUUUUCAGGCAAUCGGGGAGGACGGGGUGCUUUUCACAGUCAGAAUAGAUUUUUCACACCACCUGCUUCAAAAGGAAACUACAGUCGUCGGGAGGGAACAAGAGGCUCCAGUUGGAGUGCUCAGAAUACUCCUCGAGGAACUUACAAUGAAAGUCGUGGAGGCCAGAGCAAUUUUAACAGGGGUCCUCUUCCACCAUUACGACCACUUAGUUCCACAGGCUACCGCCCAAGUCCUCGUGACCGUGCUUCCAGAGGUCGUGGGGGGCUUGGGCCUUCCUGGGCAAGUGCAAAUAGCGGCAGUGGAGGCUCGAGAGGAAAGUUUGUUAGUGGAGGCAGCGGUAGAGGUCGCCACGUACGGUCCUUUACACGAUAAAUAUUCCUGGGAACAUCCUAAGUGCAUAUGAACAUUUCAUGAGGACAGUAAAAACAAGACAUUGGAGGACCAAUUUAGGCUUAGCAGUUACCUGGAUACAUCUGAGAGAAUAUUUUUAUCUGAAGAAAGCAAAUUUUGUUUGAUACCUAACACAAGAUUUCAAUAAAAAUCGAAACUUUGUAUGUA